AAGUCGCCUGGGCUAGAAACCCAUCCAAACCUCACUGCCUGUUGAAUUACAGACUGCUGUAAGUUACUUCUCAACCAUCCAAGUACGUCUCGUGCCGAUAUCGCGGUCCGAAGAGUUGGAGAUGUGACAUCUCGCGCCAUCUGAGGCGGGAAAUCCGCCAGUUUCUGCUAAAUCUAGUCCCAGGCACUCUCCAGAGGCACACUCACAGAUACCCCUCAAUGUUGAUGACAGACUGCAGCUCUCCCCGGACCGUUGCACUUGACGAUGCGGAGAAGGUACACUUCGCAUGGACUAUUGACACUCACUACACCCGAAUAGAUGUGUACCAGGUAGGAUAUUCGUUACAUGACCUCAUGGCUACAAGCGAUGUGUUACCCCGACCUGAAGCUGCAAACUGCAUAUAUAGGCAGAUGGCAAGGGGGAUGCCUGACCUGAAACCUACACCUACCCACAACACAUAGCACUGCUGCUGCAAGAUCCAUCGGGACAAUGUCUUGGAAGCUACUGUUGGUCUCAGCUUUGGCCGGUCACGCAAUCGCCCAGUUCCCUUCUACGUGCCCUGCAGUUGUGAGUGCUGGACCAAAUGGCACCAUCGGCAUCUGUCCCCAGGACUUUACCAUCAUUGGUGGCGCGCUCGAGCCCGUCCACGAGUCGACACGAGCACCCACCGGCUUUGCCGUUGAUCCUUCUCUCAACAUCUAUCUAACUUAUCCUCGCAACCAAGGGGCGACUCCUAACAACGUGGUCAUAGCGACUUCGUUUACUGGAGAGCAACCAUGGCCCAAUGCGGCAUAUCAGAACUGUACGCCGACGCAGAAUGUCAGCACAUGCUUCAUCAAUGUUCAAAAUGUGGUCCUAGACAGCAUAAAUCAGCUCUGGAUUGUUGAUUCCGGAAUAGCACCUGGCAACAAGAGUGCCACUCCAGGCGGCGCGAAGAUCAUGUCCUUCGAUCUGUCCGGUAAUCUUUUGUCAACAUAUCUUAUUCCAUUGAACCUCUACCACGACAACCUCAACAUCAACGACGUCCGCAUCAACAACACCCUCGGCGGAGGCAAAGGGUACGCUUUUCUUACCGAUGAAAGCGCUGAUGGAAGCAUCGUCAGCAUCAAUCUCGACAACGGCACGGUGAACAGACGACUAUUCAACACGACCGUCGUUAAGUCAGAUCCUGGGUACGUGGGUGUCUACGACGGUCGCCCAAUCUACACUUGGAAUGGGACAAACAGAGUCUUCUCCGCCAUCGGUAGCGAUGGCAUUGCCCUUGCCAGCGGUAACGUGUAUUGGGGUGUCCUUUCAAGUCGCCGAUUUUACUACGUGAGCCAAGAAGCCGUGGUCGACAACUCAAUGAGCGAUGAGCAAGUCCUUGCGGCUGUCCAAAACCCAGGAGACUGUGGCACCGAACAAGCCGGAUUUACUGGCGACGAUAAUGGAAGGGUGUAUAUUCUGGCGAGUGAGCACAAUGCCAUCUUCUAUGUCGACACACUUCAGAGUCAAGUCAAUGAGACGGUAGAUGGUGUUCCUCCUGGCGGGCCACCCCUCGUACCGGUGCCACCAGAAAGAUAUGUUGUCAAGACGCUCGUGAGGAAUGCGCUGAUUCAGCAUGCCGACAGUGCCGCGAUCUAUAAUGGAUGGCUUUACUUCUGUACGAAUCAGCUGGAGCUCAGUCCGACAUUUUCAUACAACAACACGGACAAUAGGAAAGGCCCGUUCAGAAGUUAUAGGACGUGGGUCGGAGCAGGACCGGCGGUGUAAAAGGUCAUUCAUGUCCGCAGGAUGGAGCCACAAGGCUAGGACAGUAAUAACGCAUCAAAAGCGUAGUAGUUGACCAUCAUGAGUAACGGUAUAUCUAGGAACCUACUGAAGCAAGAAG